CUUGCGACCUUCAAGCAGGCCCUUGUCUCAGGAACAUAUACUUUCUUGGGCCCGAAUCUGAAAUAUACGUCGGAUACACCGCUACUCCUGAAGCUGUACGAUCACUUUGUCCAUCACUAUCAACAGAAGCGGUUUAAGAAGGAGGACAGAUCACCGGGUAGUGUUUCACUCUCUGAGGAGCAGAGGAAUGCAUACAAGAAUCGUUGCCGGCUUGCAAAAGCCAGGAAGAAGUUCGCGAAAGAACAGGGUCUCCCCAAGCGUUACAUCGACAUUGUAUCCGACAUCAAGGCCACCUCAGACGACGAAUGGGACCCGUCCGUUCGCGCGUACGUCAUUAGACGGAGACCAGAGCGCUCUGAAGCUGCGAAUAGGUUCUUCAGGAGGUUUGAUGAAGUCUGGAAGGAAACAACUCUCCUAACGCGCCGAUGGACUCAACGAGAGCGAGUUUGGCCUGUCAAUCCGCGAGACUCCUCGUUCCGAAGCCUACCGACU